GGCUCCAGCAGCCAGACACCCGCCUGUGGGGUGCGGGCUGUGGAGGGACGAGGUCACCUCGGCGGUGGCGGGAGCGCUAGGUCGUCGUGGAAGCCGCAGCAGGACGCGCGACAGCCCGCAGAGGCUGGGAGGCCGGGGAGGGGAAGGCAGUUUCCCCAAAUCCUAGUGCCUUUUCGUCAGCCUGUGUCAUCAUAAGUUACUGACUCCUGUGGUUGCAGUAUUCAAAAACAACAGGAUCGCCUCGUUCGAAUUGCAGUUCAUUAAGCAGGGUGUUAGAAAUGGCUACUCCUCAGUCAGUCUUCAUCUUUGCAAUCUGCAUUUUAAUGAUAACAGAAUUAAUUCUGGCCUCCAAAAGCUACUAUGAUAUCUUAGGUGUGCCCAAAUCAGCGUCAGAGCGCCAAAUCAAGAAGGCCUUUCACAAAUUGGCCAUGAAGUAUCACCCUGACAAAAACAAGAGCCCCGACGCUGAAGCAAAAUUCAGAGAGAUUGCAGAAGCAUAUGAAACACUCUCAGACGCUAGUAGGCGAAAAGAAUAUGAUACACUUGGACACAGUGCUUUCACUAAUGGUAAAGGACAAAGAGGCAGUGGAAGUCCUUUUGAGCAGUCCUUUAAUUUCAAUUUUGACAACUUAUUUAAAGACUUUAGUUUUUUUGGUCAAAACCAAAACUCUCGAUCUAAGAAGCAUUUUGAAAAUCACUUCCAGACACGCCAAGAUGGUUCUAGUAGACAGAGGCAUCAUUUCCAGGAGUUUUCUUUUGGAGGUGGAUUGUUUGAUGACAUGUUUGAAGAUAUGGAGAAAAUGUUUUCUUAUAGUGGCUUUGACACCACCAAUCGGCACACGGUACAGACUGAAAAUAGAUUUCAUGGAUCUAGCAAGCACUGCAGGACUGUCACUCAGCGAAGAGGAAAUAUGGUCACUACAUACACUGACUGUUCAGGACAAUAGUUCUUUUUCUGUUCUUAUUAAACCCACCUGGUUGACUCUUUCUUAGUAUCUUUGAUGGAAAAGUUUUCUCUGAAAUAUUUUGACAAGUGCAUGACUUUACUCAGAAAUUUGAUAUUACUAUUAUUAUACAUUUAAAUUUUUUUUGACAAAUUCACCAACAUACAACUAGUGAGUUAGACAAAAAUCUAUUAAUUUUCUUGAUUAGGAAAGGUCCUUUAAAAAAAGAUACAACUGCUGGAUCACCCCCCCCCCCCCCCCAUGUGCCCUUAGGCUCCCCAGUGUGGCCAGUUUCAUUACCACCACCACCAAAAAAAAAGAUUGAGUUUGCUUGAUACAUAGAUUAAACUUUGUUUGAAUUUGAAUGAGUUUUGCAGUGAAAUCUUUGAUAAUUUAAAAUUGCAUGCUCUAGUAUCUGUGACUUGGAUUGUAAUUGAGUCAGCAAGGAGAGCAUUCAGUGGUUAAUUGACACUGAAAGCUUUAGAAAGGAUAAUUUGUUAUUUACCACAGAACCUUGUCUUGCCACAGAAUUGGGUACAGGAAAUGAUGGUAUUGCUCUUCGGCCAAUUAAGCUGAAAAAAAAAACCUUACAAAACAUUGCCAAGAGAUUAUUAGGUGUUUAGUCCCUGGCUAAUGAUUGACUUUAUAGGGUUGAAAUCAUAGCUACUUAACACAUCUUUUCACAUUAGUGUCUUAGUUGUUGGCACUCGAGGUAUUGAAUUUAUGUGGGUUUAUGUGUGUAUGUGUAAUUCCUCCUCUUUGCAUUUAUCUUUAGAGAUUGACUAAUACCUCAUUCUGUUUGUAAAACCAGCCAGUAAUUUUUGUGCAGCCUUAUGAUGUGCAAUAUUUUUAAAUCCUAAGAAAUGUGUGCUUUUGUUUUCAGAUAAAACUUCUUUAGUUCUGCACUUUCCACAUUAUACUCCAUAUGAGUAUUAAUCCUUUGGAUGCAUAUUAAGACUAGUGAUGUCUCAUACAACAUUGUGUGUGAAUGGGAGAAAUAUAAGUAUUUACAAGCUGAUAGUCUCUGUUGUCAUUUUGUCAAAAUUUUAUUAUGCAGAUCUGGAGACAUAGAGGAUAUAUAUGUAAUAGGUCAUAUGCUGAUUGUAAGCUGUAUUUCUUAACUUUUUUCUAAUUUGAUAGAAUUUUGCUUUACUGUCAUUUGGUAAUUUCUGUUGCUGUCUUAUAUUCCUCCUUUCACAAAUUUUGGUAGCUCGAAGACUUUAUUAACUACAUUUCCAAGGCAAGGAUUCUGUCACCAUUUCUUUCCUAUUUAGGUCUGGUUGGGAAAACAGAGACUUUCCAUAAAGCUGUAAUCCUUAAUCAAUUUUAAUUUGAAAAAAUUUUUGUACUUUUUUAGUGUUGAAGAUUGAACCCAGGAUCUCAUGCAUGCUAGACAAAUGCUACUGAAUUAUAUCCCCAGCCUUUAAUUUGAGAAUUGUUAAUACAAUGAAUUUAUUACAUUUAUGUAUCUUAUUCCUGAAACUUACACUCUACUGCUUUUGUUUGAUAAUUAAAGAAGGCUGUAGGCUUUGUUUGGGGCUAAGGAUAUGUUUAAUCUAGCCCAUUAAACAAGAAAUGAAAGAU